UUGCACAGUGUUUGUGUCUUAAUUUAUGCAUCUUAUGUUGUUGCUUUGACAACAAUGGUUCCUUUGGAAAACACAUAUAGUAUAUGCAGUAUAUAGUAUUGGAUUGGAGGACUCACAAAAUAAAUAAAUGCAUAAUUACUGCAGCUAACUACAAAUAGCUUUUCUUGGCCUCAUAAUCAGUGGAAGUUAUUGAUUGUUCUGUUCUGAUUACUUUUUUGAAGUAUUCUGGCAUGGGGGGGUUCAACUAUUGAGAAAUGGAUAGAAGCUUUAAUUCGAGUAUGGAGAAAUGUAAAGAAGAUUAUUUAUCAACACCCUAGGAAAUAUCGGAUAUCUUCUCUGCAUUUCACGUGCCUAUCUGAGUUGCUUUAGUGGGACUGUAAUCUGUGGGUACUACUAGUAUUAUGAUUUGGGUAUGCUUGAAUGAGACAUCACUUUUCACUAUAUUUUGAAAUAGAAUUUUUGGUAUAGAAAUAUCAUUAGGUCUUAUAGUAAGAAAUGGCUUUCUUCAUGCCUAAGUUUUUGUCUCCGUGCCUGGUUCCAUUUUGGAGCAUCACUGCAGCAUUCUAAAAUGCCCAAAUAUCUUUGUUGUUUAUUGUCUGUAGGUUAAUGAAUGCUGUCUCUUUCCAUUGCAGGUGUUCCAUGGACCGAAGAGGAACACAGGAUGUUUCUUCUUGGUCUACAAAAGCUUGGAAAAGGUGAUUGGCGUGGAAUUGCUCGCAAUUAUGUGGUUUCAAGAACACCUACUCAAGUUGCAAGCCAUGCUCAAAAAUAUUUUAUCAGGCAAAGUAAUGUAUCGAGGCGUAAAAGGCGCUCCAGCCUAUUUGAUAUUGUUGCAGAUGAACCAGUUGACACUCCAAUGGAAUCUCAAGAUUUCCUUUCCACCAAUCAUCUUGAGGCCGAGCCACAGAGCAAUAAUAAUGCGUUACCACCUCCUCCUAAUCUGGAUGAAGAAUGUGAAUCUAUGGGUUCUGCUGCUUCUGCCAACUCCAAUGAUGGAGAAACCAUGCAUCCAAAUCCCGAGAGCUCCCAAUACUCUUAUCCAGUUGUAUAUCCAGCUGCUGCUGCUGCUUAUGUGACUCCGAUAUAUCCAUUGCCCAUUCCAUAUUGGCCAGGGUACUGUCCAGAGCCAGCCAAAGCAGAGAAACACGAAGUGUUCAAGCCAACAGCAGUCCAUACAAAGAGUCCCAUUAACGUUGAUGAAUUAGUUGGUAUGUCGAAGUUAAGCUUAGGGGAAUCGCUCGCUGAUGUCAAGCCAUCUGUGUCUCUGAAGCUAGUCGAAGGCUCAACAAGGCAGUCAGCCUUCCAUGCUAAACCUGCCGCCGCCUCUGGUAAUUCCAGCAUCAGCUCUAGCCACAACCCAAUCCACGCGGUCUAGCUCAACGUGCCUCGUGUGAUGGCUAAUCGCUGAUGAGCUGUGUUUCCUGUUAAUACGAGAUAAUAGUGUGUUGCUUGGUUAAUGGUUUUUGGUUAGUGAUAACUUUAUUUGUUGGAAUAAUCUUCUCUAGCUAGCUCGGGUUUUAGGAAAUCUUUUAACUGCAGUGUCACUGCUUGUAGCUUGCAGCAGACAGAUACUUUUCUUUAAAUUAUUUGAAUUUGACAUUUUGAUGUCAAGUUCUGAAUUACUUUUCCGCUUUA